AUGAUUUCCAAUCUAAAGCUUAAACAAUCGGAUUCAGCUUUUCUUGAUGAUUCAACAAGCUACAGGAGAUUGAUAGGGCGGCUCCUGUCUCUUACUAUGACAAGACCAGAUUUAUCCUACUCAAUUCAAGUCUUGAGUCAGUUGACUCAGUUUAUGGACAAACCGACACAAAGCCAUAUGGAUGCAGCUUAUCAGGUUCUAAAGUACAUCAAAGGGACACCAGGUCAAGGGAUCUUCUUUCCUUCUUCUUCAUCAUUACAUUUGAAGGCAUAUAGUGAUUCAGAUUGGGCAUCUUGUCCUGACACAAGACGUUCAGUCACUGGAUAUUGUGUUUUUCUUGGUGAUUCUUUGAUUUCAUGGAAAUCAAAGAAACAAACAACUAUUUCCAGGUCAUCGGCGGAGGCUGAGUAUAGGGCACUUGCAUCUACAAGUUGUGAACUUGUAUGGUUGAUAUCCUUGUUGAAAUAUUUUGGUAUUGAUCAUAAACAAGCAGCUUAAUUAUUCUGUGAUAGUCAGGCAGCCUUGCAUAUAGCAGCAAAUCCAGUAUUUCAUGAGAGAACAAAACAUAUAGAAAUUGAUUCACUUGGUGAGAGAAAAAAUUCAGUUGGGGAUCCUUAGAACACUACACGUCUCAUCAAAGCAUCAAGUGGCAGACAUUUUGACAAAGGCUCUUGGAGUUGAUCAGUUUACUUAUCUUCUUUCCAAGAUGGGAGUGCAUAAUAUAUACUCUCCAUCUUGGGGGAGUGUCAGAAAUAAAGUAGGCUUUGUUUGUAAAUAGUUAGAAAGUGAGGGAUAUAAUUGGAAUGUAUUUUUUUCAUUACAUGUACUAGUAUAAAUACUGAUGUACUGUACAUUCACUUUACUUUUCGAUCAUUUUGGAAUAUACAAUUUCUUUGUUUCUUUACAA